AUGACGCCGUACUCGCCAUCUAAAUGCGACCAACUGAACACCGACCCUGCCUGCACUCAGCCAUUAUGGAAGGACUUCACGGGCUUCAAUGAUGUACAGGACUUCUACGUGACAUGGUGUAUCUGGAACACGCAGGGCUUCUUCCUUGACAUGUAUAACGCCGUGGGCAACGCGGCUCAGCCAGUUUCUGAUGCCAUCGGAAGCAUUGUCAGUCACUCCCUUGCGUAUUCCGAAGGCAGCGUUCUCGUGAAGGCAUUUCUGAGAUCUGUUCCUCAAACAUCUACUGUGCUUCAUAAUACACUGUUCCCUGCGGGUGACGUUAGUGGAGAUGUCACUGCUUGGGCAGAUGUCGCGGACGAACUCAGCAAGUUCACAACCAAAUGGCAGAAAUCGAUCGGCACCGGUCUUCCUCUUGUUCAGAAUAACAUUUCUGCUUUCAUUCCCCUGCAUCAAAAUACUCCCUUGUCCGGCAUUCGCCCAGCCCUCGACGACCUAACUUCCACUAUCCAGCAGUCAGUUGGUGGUUAUGUAGCAUCUGCUUGCUUGAAUGAGCUGAACUGGGUUGUGACCCGCGCUGAAAAGAUUGAUGUCCGCAGCCUCCAGAACGCCGGCAAUUUACAAUGGGAUACUGGCUGCGAUUCCGAUUAUGACGGAAACGGUAUUUGUGACAGCUAUUUCUACGACGGAACAGAUACAUACAGUAUUACAGACCCCCAAAACAUGGCAACCGACCAGGAUAAAAUCUUGCAGAAACUUAUAGGGGGUGAGAGUCCUUUCACGACCGGAAAAAUUCUGUUUACUUCUGGGUUGCAAUGCACGCAGACGUGUGGCUCAAAUGGAGGUUGUGCUCCGUCCCUGGAUUCAAGUGACCCUUCUUCCACCAGCUGCAUCAGCACUGCUCGUAUCUGUACCUGGACUUGGGAUGACUACGGACCUUUCCAACCUGGCUGCGCCAACUUGCCAAGCAGUGAUGCCGUCCUACCUGCCUUUGGCGUGAAUCCAUGUGUGGGCAAGGAUGAUAUGAGCCGUUCUGUACCUUGGUCCUACCUUGGAGGCGGUAUCGUGGACGAGAACGCCCCUGGGUGGUGGGCAGACCAAGUUGUCUGUCACACGAAGUAUUGA